AUGUCAGUCGAUCUCAACCUCGACAUCCACAACACCUCGACAAACGACACUCCGGACACCGAUGUCAGUCCCUUCCUCCUGCUUCCACUCCCAACCUCACCCCCCGCUGCGCGGUCCGAAGCCAAAACCCUCCUCGAACUGUCCUCACGACUCGAUUCGGACAUCUCCCGCCACAUCACCGUCCUCACAUCCAACCAGGUCACCAUGACCACACCUCUGAUCGACGCACACGGCUUUCCUUUGGCUAACAAGGACUUGAUGGCCAUUAGAACGGCAAAGCAACGCAUCAACGUGCUGCGGAACGACUCCAAAGCGCUACGAGAUCGCGUAGCUAAAUUGCUCGAGCUGGCGAUCAACGGCGAUGCAGUGCAAUCAACAUCAAUUUCAGCGGGAUCGAGUUGCGGGACAUCACCGCAGUUGAAGGCGUUCGCCAAGGUCAACUCGGUAGCGGAAAACAGCCCCGCGCAGUCAGCAGGGUUGUUCCCCGGCGAUGAAUUCGUCAAGUUCGGCUCGAUCACAGCAGAAAAGGGUCUGACGGCAUUGGCAGCACCGGGUGUCGUGGUGGAUGGAACAAGCAUUCAGAUUCAAGUGAGGAGAAGUGGCGAUGUCAUCAGCUUGACGCUGACGCCGAGAGCAGGUUGGGGGGGAAGAGGCUUGCUAGGCUGCCACCUUUUACCAUUGUAG